CAUCCAACACACACCACACACCACCAUGGCCGCGCCGCCAGCGUCCACCACAACCAACGAGGAGGAGAUCCGCGCCCUCGUCGCCAGCUUUGAGGGGUACAACUUUGUCGAGGACGCCGACUUCCGGGCCGGCGUCCCCGCCGUCAUCCGCAACGCGCGCACCGAGGGCCUGAACGCCGCCGAGAUCGACACGGUCAUCGGCAAGGCCCAGUGGUUCUACUAUACCCGCAAGGUCAACGCGUCGGUCCCGUUCGAGACGUACCUCCAGUACAGGAGCAACGAGACCGAGUCCCUGCCGUGGCGGCACAGCGCGAGCGUCGACGGGGACGACGACGCGCCGCCCCCGCCCCCCCUGGCCGACGCGCCGCCGCCCGCCGAUCUGAGCUUCAACGAGGUCGUCCAGCUCAUCCAGGCCGGCCGCGCGUCCGAGGUGCCCACCAUCCACGUGCCCAACGAGCUUAAUGGGCAGCCCGCGAGCGUGUCCAAGCUCGAGGCGCGGCCGAAGCCAUGGGAGAAGGCCGAGGCGACGAGCGGAGAGGUCGUGCCAGCCGCCCCGGGACUCGUCGUCUCCGGCGCUGAUGGCGCUGAGGCCACCACCCCGCUUGGCAACCCCCCUGGGGUGCGCACCCCGCUGCCAGAGUACACGCCCUAGUGCCGUAGAUUGGAUCACGAUAGCGUAGACCAGCCCGUCAUUCACUGUACAUUAUGGCAAUGA